CCGAGAGAAAGAGAAGGGGGAGUGCCUGCGUUUGCAGAGGAUUAAAAACUGCGCAAUCUCCAAACGCGCAUCUCCUGCUCAGAUCAAACUCGUGAGUGGACACGAGGGACUCCACAUCCACAUCCUCGUCUGGCCAAACGCGCAUCAUCAUACUAGCAGACCAGAGAAGUCGUGAGAUGCGUGCGUGCGUGAAUGCAUUUUUGGGGGGAAGACUCUGGAACAAAUUGUCACAUCAUCUCUUCUUACAGUGGUUUCAUAACGCAGCUGCGCCGACAUUUUACAGUGUGCGAUUCAAAUGUGCUCAUGUAUGACAUGAUGAAGGUGCUGGCGGAUCGCGCGCUGCGCCGUUCAUUCACCGCGCGAGGCGAAAGAAACUGCGCAGUUGCUUAUAUCGCUUGCAUUUUUACAAUGAGGACAUGCAAGAAGAAGAAGAAGAAACCACCUCCUAGUUGGACCCUCUGUGCAUUAGCAGAGUUUGAGAUUUGGUUGGCCAACAUGAGACUCUCUCUGGAGCAGGCUUUAAACCACGGCCACAGGACCUUCAAUCAUCUGAUGGAGGAGGAAGAUGAAGACGCAGAUGAAGACGCAGGCGGCUGGACGUUACCGGAGUCGAUGGAGAGGACUGAGAAGACAGAAACUGAUUCGGGUUUGGAGUGACGUGAGGAUCCCGUCUAACUUUUGGGAGCGCUAGUGGAGACGCAAGCUGAACGAGUUUUACUACUUCGGGCAAUCUACGACCACCGAGUCAGCUGAGAUGAUCGAUAGUUGGUGCUAAACCCUAAUUCCUCUGACGUUUGAGAAGUGGUGCUAGAUGCUUAUUUGACAGUUGGCAAGAGUAGCAGUAAACAGCUUCUCCUUGUUGGUGAGUGGCCCUCUCUGUUUUGCAGUGGAGGGCUUCACACUCACAGCUAGUGUGGCUGGAUGCAUCACACAACAGAACAGUUCACCGGGUGCAGCACACGGGACCCUUUUCCUCUGGACGGUCUCAACCGGGGACCAUGGGCUCCCGUGGGCAGCCACGCCUGGCCACCUCCCUCCAGGUGCUUACCAGGUGUCAAUCAGCACCAGUUCCUCCCCCAUAUGCCACAUAGUCACGUGACUGGGCUAAAUCAUAAAUUCGUAAACAAUGGUCCCUUACAUCGAGGAGAUAAGCAAGACCUGUCUCAGGCUUUGUUGCCAGGAUUACAAAGGACAACCCAUGCUCCUCCCAGGCCUUGGGAAACAACCAGAACUGGCCAGGGAUAUGAGCCAUUGCCUGGUGAUAACCACAACCGACUGCACAAUGGCUACAACGCAGGACCUCCUGCACACCUCACAGCUCGAGCCAGUCAGCUACUGAAGUACGGUGUACCUCAUUCUCAGCUCUCAGCCCAUGGCUCACGGCCCAUGCCUCCUUUACCUGAUAUGUGGACUCAACCUCAGACUCAGCAGCAAUCCAGGGGUCCUCAUUCUCACUCUGGACAGUUAAAACGACCUGGGCCCCCUCUUGGAGAGCACUCGGUCAUUCAGCAUACCCCUGCUCCUUCUUUGCACCGGCCCAUGGAGGACUGCCCCAGUCCAAAUAAAAGAAAGAAGAGCUCUGGGUCUGAACAGACGCCUAAUCCCGCUAUACAGCGCAUAUCUGGGCCGCCUGUACAUUUGAAUCAGCAACUAUCCUCCAACUACCCCCCACCAAAACCUGGCUUUUGGAACCCAUUGCACAAAGGUGGAGCACCCUGGAACCCAAACGAACACAAAAGCAGACCCAUUGAUUUCCAGGAUUCAGCUAAGUCAGGAAUUGGAAGCUUCCCCUAUAAACCACCUCCCUUGAAUCCAUCAACCACGUCUUCACCCACCGUUCCCAACACAAGAGGCUACGAAGAAUGCAGGGGUCCUCCACCACAGUCCCACAAGACUGCUCAGUCACCACAGUCUCUGGGACCACCUUCACAGAACCCUCACAUCCACCAUUCUACUUACUCCUACCCCAACAGCAGACCUUCAGCCCAGACCCAAGUGGAACCACGUGGUACUACUUCACAAAGAGGACAUGAUUCUGCAUUGAGUUCUUUGAAUAAACAAGCUCCACCCCAACCUACAUCCUCAUCAUCACCACCACGGGCAGAUGGGGAGCGCCCUGCACCCUCACCAGCAAACCACACCUCUGUGCCUUACAGUCACCCCCAGUUCCAGCCUCACCCAGGGCUUGACCAUUCCAGCCCACCAGCCAGCAACCAGGCCACAGUACCUCAGCACAAACCCCAUAAACCUUGGAGGAACCAGGAAUCUCGUGACUUUUCAGCAAGAGGGCAUUCUCAGGCUGCCACACACCUUUCUCAGGCACCGAAUAGGCUUACUGGGGGCGACCAGGGUCCAGGGACUCCCCAGCGUGUAAGCCCUCCUCAGGCCCCUGCACGAAAACCUGUCAUUACCCCAAACCUAGAAACUCCUCGUCCACCUCGCCCUCUGGAACUAUACACAAAUUUUGGAAGCAUCCCUGCCUCAAGCUCAGCACCCUCUACCACCUCCUCCAUUCCCAGUACUCUGAGCAACUGGAGAGCAAUGGAUUCUUCAGUGUUAAUCUCAAACCCAAACCAUGUAUCGAUGAUUGGUCAAAAUGUAACUCAUCCAGGGUAUCAGGGUGUCCACCCUGGUGUUGAAACCCUUCCAAACCCACAUCGAGGGGCACAAUCUCUGAUUCAGUCCACUCAACCCCACAUAGGACAAGGCAGACCCAACUACUCCCCAGUGUCCUCUUCCUCCACCCUAAACUCAGGUCUUCAGAGAUCAGGUGAGAGCGUCAUCACCAGCAAGACUUCUCAACACUUUUUCAACAUUCUCCCUCCAGUCAGUUCACCUUUACCUUUUCCUCAACCUCCAGAACACAUAAAGGUCAGCUCAGCCCUCAAGCCAAUUUCUAGUAAUUCAUACAACUCCGCACCCACCCAAGCCUCCUCCUCAAUUUCUCAGGCAACUACUACUGUUCCAGCCCCAGUCUACCCAAGGUCCUGUUUGCAGCCUGCUGCUCCAAGCUCCCAGUCCAUUGUUGAUGCUUUGAAUAAACUUGAUGCAGAGCUGCAAGGCCACAUGCAAAUAGAGGAGAGAAGUAGAGACCAGAAUGAAGAGGGAAAACGGAAUGUAGUACGGAAAGAAAUGGAGACAAAGCCACACGGUGAGUCUGCCAUCAAGAGUCUGGAACGUCUGCUGUCGGGUAGUGCAGCUGAGUCUCCAGCUCCUCGUUUGUCCCCAGCCAAUGCAUUCUCCUCCAUCUCACCUCCUAGCCAGAAUUCACCGCAUUAUCUCUGGUUGAGUCGGGGAGGAGUGCCCCAACAUCUUUCUGGAACUGCAGCGAACAAUAUGGAACGGUCACAACCACCUCCCCUCACCCCCCAGACAGAAUAUGCCCGUGAGAAGCAAAGGCAAAGAGAGAAAUGGAAAAGUGGUGCACCAUCUCAGAAUUCCACUGGGAAUCCCAAAUACCCCUCAGAGUCAGGUCUCAUCAGCCCCAUCGACAGCCACACCAUGCAAUUGAAACCUGACCCAUCCAAAGAUAUCAGCAUGUUGAAAACCUCUCAUAAUGCUGAGAUUAUAAAUGCAAUUCCCAACCCUCCACCUCUGCGAGAGCCACCCAAACUUUAUCAGGCUUUCCCCAAGGACGUUCGCUCUCCAUGCACACCUAUCAGCACGACUACGAGCAGCCUUCAAAAGCAAAUGCCCAGUACAGGACUUGGUAAUUUGGUUAGCAGUGCUAGAAGUUGCAGUGGUGACUCUGAUGGUGCCCAAUUUGAGGAGGAAACUUCUGAGCUCUUACCAGAUGGAUUGGCUAACAUUAUGAAGAUGCUGGAUGAGUCCAUCAAGAAAGAGGAGGAGUUGUAUUCUGGCCAGAGCAGAGAACAGGCAGUACCGAAACCUCUGUUUUCUACAAAUGUGGCACCUAUGAAGAGUUAUUUGUGUGCACCAGACCUCAUGCCUGCCCUAAAGCAAUCUCCGACUGCUGCUUAUCAGCCAGAUGGCCAUUCAAGCCCACCUGUGUUAAGUCGGCAAGGUUCACUGGCUUCUCCUUGUAGUCGUACUUCUUCACUUGAGGAAGAAGAGGAGGUUCUUAAGGUCAUUCCCAAGCCUGCCAAUUCUAUUAGCAUGCAGUCUCAACAAAUCAAUCUUGCCACAACAGGAACAAACUAUCGCCAUAGUGACUUGGCCAAGCUGUAUGGCCUUCCAGACGUAGAGAAAAGUGAGUGUGAGGAUGAUGAAGCAGAUCGGGAUGAAGAUGAAACUCCUUCCUGUUCACCACCACCACAGCGGCCACACCUCCAUCAAACAGGUGUGAACAGCAUGUUUAAAAACCUUGCAUCUGUACUUGAGAGCCAGAAGUACACCUACAGAGGUGGACCCUUUGGUCGUCCUCCUCCUUCUGCUUUUAUGGGAGUGAAGUACUCUUCAUCUCUUUCUCUGGAGCCUGACAUUUGCAGACAACAACAAAGCACUUCUCCCACAUCAGGUUCAUCCGAUCACCCAGGUUUUAGCAGUCCAACGCAAACCUCCAACGCCAUUAGUAACUCAGGACAGCCCCGUCCCCUCUCACCUACAGAUUGGGCAUCAGAGAGCAAGAGAGGGGAUAAGAUAAGCCAGCCAGAUCUUUUGGACAAUGAUGAUGAAGAUAUUUCGGAGGAAUCCACAGGAGAGAAGGAUUCUGGAAACGUGAAAGACUUGUUGAAAAAACGGCCAAUACUGACCACCAUCUCCGAGUCUUCACUAGCAGAGCUUGGUCAUAGCUAUGAGGUGAACAAACACGUACUCCCUCAAAGGCAGAGCUCUAAGGCAGAGUCUGAUAAAGAAAAGGACCGACACAGAGACCGAGAACGAGAGAAGAAACACAAACACAGUAGCAGUAGCAAAAAACAUGAGGACAGGAAAGAGAGAAAGAAAAAGCACAGAGAAAGACAUGAUGAUGCGUCUCUUUCCUCAUCCUCAUCUUCCAGCUCAAGUCGACGGCACAGGGACGGAAAAUCACACAAGGAAAAAAAGAGCAGGCAGGUUCUGGGUAACCUGGACCUUCAGAGUAAAGAAUUUAGAGAGAAGGAACAAGACCGUGACGGAGACAAGAAGAGAAGGAAGGAUGAAUGUAGCCGACCCCAGAGUGAAGAAGAGUGGACGCGGAGUAAAGAUAAGGGCGCCAGCUCUGGAUGUUCGUCUGAUCACCCAUCAGCUUCUUCAGCAUUAUGUUCUGAUGACUUUCAGAAACUGAAAGCACUGACAGAUGGGCCACCCAAAGAACUGAAGAUACGCCUCAUAAAGGUGGAGAGUGGGGACAGGGAGACAUUUAUUGCUUCAGAGGUAGAGGAGAGAAGGAUUCCUCUGGAGGAAAUCACCAUAAAGAACACCGCUAGUGAAAUCAUCAGAGCUUGCAAGGGGGCUCGUGUGAAGGGGAAAUUUAAGGAAUCGUACCUUCUACCUGCCCUCUCUGUUAAACCAGUUUUGACCACAGAACUGCCCAUCCCUCAAGAGAAACUCAACCCCCCCACACCUAGCAUCUAUUUGGAAAGUAAAAGAGAUGCAUUCUCUCCGGUCCUGCUACAGUUCUGCACGGAUUCUAAGAACCCCAUUACUGUCAUCCGGGGACUAGCUGGCUCCCUCAGAUUAAAUCUUGGUCUGUUUUCCACAAAAUCUUUGGUGGAGGCAAAUGCGGAGCAUGCGGUAGAGGUCCGGACCCAGGUCCAGCAGCCAGCUGAUGAGAACUGGGAUCCCAGCGGCACUGGCCAGACCUGGCCCUGCGAGAGCAGCAGGUCGCAUACAACAAUUGCCAAGUAUGCCCAGUACCAGGCCUCCAGCUUCCAAGAGAGCUUACAGGAAGAGAAGGGCAGUGAUGACGAGGAUGAUGAUGAUGAUGAAGAUGAGAAAUCAGCCACUAACUCUGAGAAUACAACCAGUAGCUCUUCAGCUCCUAACUCCAGUUUAGAGCAGAAACCUGUGGGGAAGAUAAUAAAAUUUGGCACCAACAUUGACCUGUCCGAUCCGAAAAGAUGGAAGCCUCAGCUGCAGGAGCUGCAGAAGCUGCCGGCAUUUAUGCGCGUGUCCUCCAGUGGUAACAUGCUGAGUCAUGUUGGACACACCAUUCUGGGAAUGAAUACAGUACAACUCUACAUGAAAGUCCCUGGCUGCCGCACACCAGGACACCAGGAAAACAAUAACUUCUGUUCAGUAAACAUCAAUAUUGGGCCUGGAGACUGCGAGUGGUUUGGCGUUCAUGACAACUACUGGGAGGCCAUCAGUGAUUUCUGUGAAAAGCAUGGAGUCGACUACCUGACAGGAUCAUGGUGGCCGGUUCUGGAUGACUUGUACCGCGCUAACAUCCCUGUGUACCGGUUCAUCCAAAGACCAGGAGACCUGGUGUGGAUCAAUGCAGGCACUGUACACUGGGUUCAGGCUGUGGGCUGGUGCAACAACAUUGCUUGGAAUGUGGGACCUGUCAACUCUUAUCAGUACCAGUUGGCUUUAGAGAGAUUUGAGUGGAACGAAGUGAAGAAAGUCAAAUCCAUCGUUCCAAUGAUUAACGUAUCCUGGAACUUGGCACGGAAUGUCAAAUUCACUGACCCAGACACUUACAAGAUGAUCAAACACUGUCUCCUCCAGUCUAUUAAGCACAUUCAGAUUCUGAGGGACCAGCUGGUGGCAGGAGGAAAGAAGAUUUCCUACCAGAGCAGAGUGAAGGAUGAGCCGGCCUAUUACUGUAACGAGUGUGAUGUGGAGGUGUUUAACCUGCUGUUUGUGACCAGUGAGAAUGGCAGCCGGAAGAUGUAUGUGGUGCACUGUGAGGACUGUGCACGACAACGCAACCCAAACCUCUCCAAUGUAGUAGUGCUGGAGCAGUACCGCAUGGAGGAGCUCAUGAGCGUGUACGACUCUUUCAGCCUGGCUACCAGUUCCAGCUCCCGAUGAGGACGUCUCAUCCCUCGUCCUCACACAGCCAUAACCAAAACUCCUGUUCGCAGGACAAGAUCUUUUAUUUUAGUCCAAUUAAGACUUGGGGGAAAAAAAUACUUACUACUGUUAAUAUUUGUUGAACAGCCAAUCGAGAACCGGUUUACUCCGCACUGUUUACAAAACCAAUCAGCCAAUAAGACUCCAGUUUGGUGCUGUCGUGGCUUACAAGCGGCAGAGUUGCCGAGAUCCUGUCGUUUUGGGUUUUGUUCUUCAUUUUUGGGGUAUUAAAUACUGAAAUGUGUAAAUGCUCUUUGUAUUUUUCCGUGGGUGCUUUUUUUUUUUUUUUUUCAAUAAUUUAUUAUUUUUAAACCUAGAACAGCCUAGCUAUAUACCACAUUGGCCUUGUGACUUGUAUUUAGUGAAGAGAGAAAAAUUAAUAAUACUAAUAAUAGAGCUAUGGACAUUUUUCUAAAGCAUUAAGACUUAAAAGAAAUACAGUUGUUCAGAAUGCUUCAAAACAUACGGGUUUCAAAAGAGGCUUUCAGUUUCAGUAUGGAAUGUUGUGUUUAUAUCAUCAGGACAAGCAUUUUAGGAUUGCAUUUCGGAUCAGUCAUUUUUUCCUGCAUUUUAGGAGUAUAAUUGUUCAGUUUUGUCGGUUUUAUUCAAUGAAUUGUUUCUCACCUCUAUAUAUUCUCUUUUGAUUUUUUUUUUUUUUUUUUAAUGUUCUAUUUAUUGGAUAUAAAAUGUUCUCCCCUGCCUCAACUUGGUUAUCGGAGAUGUUUUAAGGGUUUCUAUUGUUAGUCUAAAUCCUCAGUAAGAUUUCAAGGGUGCUGGUUCUUUUUAUGAGUUCCAAGCUUUGAGUUCUGGUGCUUGCCCCUUUAAAUAUCUUUCCCUGUCUAUAUAUGAAAUAUCUCUGAACUGACUCUUUGUCCAUGUAGAUUGUAGAGCACAGAGGGUAGGGUUUGAUUCAUCAGACGUUGUCUGUUAUACACAAAACGUAUGUUAACAGGUGACUUGGUAUCUCUUUUGUUUUCGACUAAGAUGGUGACUUGGACUGAUGUCAGUGAUUCUGAGCCUAGGUUAGCAGCUACUCUUUAUCGGGGCUAAAAUCAGUUUUUUGAUACUCUUACACAUUUAGUGGUGCUUCUGUCCUGUUGUAAAUGCUGUUUGUUUGAGGACACAGGUGCUUUGCUGAAUACAGCAGCCAUAAUCUUUAUAUAUUCACAGUAUACAGUAAUUGGCUGUAGUGGGAUGUCAUACUGUAAGGCCGAAAAAUCACAUUGAACUGUAAAUUGCGGCAUUUUACUGAAAUGAGUAACGGUGUGAAAGGGGAUUUAACGCAUUAUUGUUUUUGAUUUAUAUACUGUAAUUUGUUACAGCUUUAGAAGCGUUAGUGUGAAAUAAUUCAUGUAUUAUCAGGAAAAUGGUUUUGAUUAUGAUAUAGAUGGUGCUGAGUUCUUCUUGAGCGACUCAAUAUUUUUAAGAAAUAUUUUUCCUUCUUGCAAUAUACACACUUUUCCUCUUUUCGUUUUAUUUUUGUGGUUAUUUAAAAUCUGCACUGUUUUGGAAUUCACACACAAAGCAAACUGAGCCAGACAUGUCUUAAACACUUUGUGAAUUCGUGUGUCAUUGAUAUUAUUACUCUGAAUAAUAUUAAAUGCUUUUGAUAAACUUU